AUGUCUGACAAGCUCACUCGUAUUGCCAUCAUCAACUCGGAUAAGAAAUGCCGUCAAGAGUGCAAGAAGUCCUGUCCGGUCGUCCGUAGCGGUAAACUCUGCAUUGAAGUGACCGCUGAGUCGAAAAUCGCAUUCAUCUCCGAGCGCCUGUGUAUUGGUUGCGGUAUUUGCCCUAAAAAAUGUCCCUUCGGUGCCAUCCAUAUCAUCAACCUGCCCACCAACCUGGAAACUCAGGUUACCCAUCGGUACUCGGCCAACAGCUUCAAGCUCCACCGUCUUCCUAUGCCCCGCCCCGGUCAAGUCUUGGGUCUUGUUGGAACAAACGGUAUUGGCAAGAGUACUGCGCUAAAGAUUUUGAGUGGCAAGCUGAAGCCUAACUUGGGUCGCUAUGAAAAUCCACCCGAUUGGGAGGAGAUUCUGAAGUACUUCCGUGGCUCCGAAUUACAGAACUACUUUACCAAGAUCCUGGAGGAUGAUCUGAAGGCUGUUGUGAAGCCCCAAUAUGUCGACCAGAUUCCUCGCGCUGUGAAGGGACCUGUCAAGGGUGUGCAGGAACUCAUCCAGAGCCGCUCCCAGCUCGACAACAUGGAGGAGAUCAUGGAUGUGCUUGAGCUGAGACAGGUUGCGGAUCGCGAUAUAAACCAUCUCUCUGGUGGUGAGCUGCAACGUUUUGCCAUUGGACUGGUUUGUGUCCAAAAAGCUGACGUCUACAUGUUUGAUGAGCCUUCGUCUUAUCUCGAUGUCAAGCAACGUCUAGCUGCUGCCCGUACUAUCCGUAGUCUCCUUCGCCCCGAUGACUACGUUAUCGUUGUGGAGCACGAUUUGUCCGUACUCGAUUACCUUUCCGACUUCAUUUGUGUCCUUUACGGCCGCCCAGCUGUCUACGGUGUCGUGACUCUGCCUUCCUCGGUUCGCGAGGGCAUCAACAUCUUCUUGGAUGGACAUAUCCCCACUGAGAAUCUGCGUUUCCGUGAGGAAUCUCUCAGUUUCCGUCUGACUGAAGCGGGCGAUGAUUUCCUCGUCGAUAAGGAUCGCGCUUUCAGCUACCCCAAAAUGGAGAAGACUCUCGGUGGAUUCCACCUGAAAGUUGAGCCUGGCAAGUUCACCGAUUCGGAGAUUAUUGUUAUGAUGGGUGAGAACGGAACUGGAAAGACCACGUUCUGUAAGAUGCUUGCUGGCGCAGAAAAGCCUGACCAUGGUUCAUCGGUGCCGAAGAUGAACAUCUCCAUGAAGCCCCAGAAGAUCACGCCCAAGUUCCAGGGUACCGUGCGUCAGCUGUUCUUCAAGCGUAUUAAGGCCGCUUUCCUCUCGCCCCAAUUCCAGACUGAUGUGUACAAGCCCCUGAAAAUGGACGACUUCAUCGACCAGGAGGUUCAAAACCUGUCUGGUGGUGAGUUGCAGCGUGUUGCCAUUGUCUUGGCUCUGGGCAUACCUGCCGAUAUUUAUCUCAUUGACGAACCCAGUGCCUACUUGGACUCUGAACAGCGUAUUGUUGCUGCCCGUGUGAUCAAGCGUUUCAUCAUGCACACCAAGAAGACCGCUUUUAUCGUCGAGCACGAUUUCAUCAUGGCUACCUACCUGGCAGAUCGUGUUAUUGUCUUUGACGGCAAGCCUUCCGUAGAUGCUCGUGCAAACACUCCCGAGUCUCUGGUUACCGGCUGCAACAGGUUCUUGCAGAGCUUGGACGUAACCUUCCGUCGUGACCCCAACAGCUACCGCCCUCGGAUCAACAAGUACCAAAGUCAAAUGGAUCAGGAACAGAAGUUGGCCGGCAACUACUACUUCCUGGAAGAGGAGGCUUGA